UUUUUUUCCUUUUUCCCCUUUAAGAUUCUCUCUGUCUUUCUCGGAAAAUCAUUUGCUCUUCCUUCUUCACCACAGCAUGUGGAUCCAAGCGUCUAUUUUCUCUUUCGCAACCGCGUCGUUUUGAUUUUCGCUUUUUUAUUUUUUCAUGUUCUUAUUCGUCUAAUUGAAGUAUCGGUUGUGGAUCUGUUUUGCAGCUAGUGCUUUUCUGAAUCGAAGGAUCUGAUUGUUAGGGUUUGGUAUGGGGAGAGGAAAGAUCGUGAUAAGGAGGAUCGACAAUUCGACGAGUAGGCAAGUCACGUUCUCGAAACGAAGGAACGGUUUGCUGAAGAAGGCGAAGGAGCUUGCGAUCUUGUGCGAUGCUGAAGUCGGAGUUAUGAUUUUCUCCAGCACCGGAAAACUCUACGAUUUCGCCAGCUCCAGCAUGAAAUCAGUUAUUGACCGAUACAACAAAUCAAAAGAAGAAAAUUGUCAACUUGGGAGUUCGGCCUCCGAAAUUAAGUUUUGGCAAAGGGAGGCAGCAAUGUUAAGGCAACAAUUACACAAUUUGCAAGAAAGCCACCGAAAAAUCAUGGGGGAGGAACUGUCAGGUUUGACAGUCAAAGAAUUACAAAAUUUGGAGAACCAAUUAGAAAUUAGCCUUCGCGGUGUCCGUAUGAAAAAGGAUCAACUUCUAAUGGAUGAAAUACAAGACCUAAAUCGAAAGGGAAACCUCAUACGCCAAGAAAAUGUGGAACUGUAUAAGAAGGUCCAUGGAACAAAAGAUGACAGCGAAACAAACAGAGAUUAUGUUCUCACAAAUGGUCUAGGCAUAGGAGAGGAUUUGCAUGUGCCCGUGAAUCUCCAGCUAAGCCAGCCACAGCAACACUAUAAGGCUCCUUCAGGAACUGCAAAAUUGGGAUUGCAAUUGCAUUGAUCCAUUUACAGGACAUGUGUUUCUCGAUUGCUAUUAAGAAAAAUGGACUCAGAUUUUAAGUAUGAUGUGUUUAUAUAAAUGUUCUGGCAUAUAGACCCCAAACUAAUUAUUUUAAAUAUCUAGUUAUCAAGAAAAGAAAACCAACCUUAGCAUGUAUGUCAGAACCAAUGAAGAACCUAUUGAGAAGCAAAGACUCAAAUUAAGGAAGAAAUUCUUCAAACCACA